AUGACUGCUACUUGGCCACAACAUGCUCUGGACGACCGCAAAUUCGCUGAUGUAUUUCAACUAGCCCAAACAUUCGAAUUACACUGCGCAAAGGUUUAUGACCAUGCUGUCACCCACCCCGACUGUGCGCCUUCCGCCGACUACGUGAUGCAAUUGGUGUCUCAGGCAUAUCGCGCGGUCCACAGUCUACACAUGCAGAAAAUUGCUACCGAAUAUCUGGACACGGACACCGCGACGGCGGCGCUGGAGAAGAAUGCAAAGGAAUAUCACGAGCGUUGCGAGUUAUCGUCUGCCGAUAAGAAUGAGCCCAUGGAGGCUUGGGCCGCAGAAGAGCCGGCGCAGGCUGUUCCAAGUCUGGGGCUUAUGGAUAUCCUGACCGAAGAAUUUGACGAGGACGAUGAGGAGGAGGACGAAGAAUGGGAAGAGUCCGACGAAGAAACGGACGAGGACGACGAGUACUACGAGUAUUGCGAGGGCUCGGAUUCAGACUCGGAGAUGGAAGAACUCGCCGAAAUCUCUGAAGUUGAACCGGUUAAUCGAUUGGAAGGAACGAAACAAGCUGGCGAAGCGCCAGCGCAAAAAAUCACCAAAAUUCCCGAACCACAGACAACCGCAAAAGAAAGACCACCUCCAAUCUCGAUCUUCAAAGAUCAAGCCAUGCAUGACAGGAUUACAGCAGCGCUACAAAAUUUGUCGUUUACACAAGCCGAGCCUGAAUACGCUCCCUUGGCACGAGAAGAAACUCACGUCGACGGUCCACAGACGGAUAGCACUGCAUGCUCCACAGAUGAGCCCGAAGAGGCUCCGCUGGCACGAGUGUUAACUCACAUCGACUGCCCACAGAUAGACAGCACCGCGCUCUCCAAGAACGAGCCUCAAGAGGCUCCAUUAGCACGACUGGAAACUCACAUCGACCGCCCAAAGACAGAUAGCACUGCCUACUCCGCAGGUGAUGCACACAGUGAAGCCACGGCCGUGCAAACCAAGUCUCACCAGCAGACAGUCCUUAGUCACUCCGUCACAGCACCGGCUGACAACGUGCGAAAAGCCAGUCCCGACUCGCCUGGUCUCCACCGAAAAUUCUCUCUGCGGUCGUCUCCUAGUGGUCUUUCUCGGAGACUCAAGACAGUGUGCCAUAAAUAUGCGGGAAGAGUUAUGGUGCCUAUCCGUGGAAAGGCGAAUUGA